CAGAAGAAGAAGAAGAAGAAGAAGAAGAAGAUAGGUCGGUGGUCUCCCUGCUUAUCAUAUGUUCUUCAAUUAUUGCUCCCUACCUGAACCCCAAACGGAGAAGGGGUCAUACUGAGUCCUAACUAUUAUGGCUGAUAGCACCAACAAGACGGUGUAUGAGAUCUUCCAAAGCAUGGAGCAAGGACCACCUGCAGCUACUAGCAAUGCCGCUGCUCAGGCCUGGCUAGAUCAUCACUCCCGUUCCUUUGGUUUCUUCAUGGAUGGGAAGUUUGUCCGCCCAGAAAACAGACAGAACUUCUCCCUGGCUGAUUCCAAAGGGGGUGUGCUCUGCACCACAGUGUGUGCUGAGGAUUCUGACAUCUCCCAGUGUGCUUCCUCUGCCGCCACCGGCUACACGUCCUGGAGCAACCUGACCUGCUCCCAGAGAUCCAAAGCCCUGCUCAGGUUGGUGAGUGUCCUCGGGCUACACGGUCAGUGUUUGUCAGAGCUGUGUGCACUCUGUGAGACGACCUGCUCGCCCUCAGCUCUGGUCAGACAGCUGCAGUACUACAGCAGCUGGGCACAGCUCAGAGACACGCUCAUCCCCAGCUGGACACCUGUCGGCGUGGUGGUAGUUGUCUCUUCUGAUGACUGCUCCCUCUAUUCCCUGAUGCUCAAAGUCCUGCCAGCGCUGGCCAUGGGUAACUCUGUGGUUGUCGUUCCGGGUCGGAGUACUGCCCCUCCAGCACUUCUCUUAGCGCAGCUUUUUACAGGAGCGGGACUUCCUGCAGGGACUCUUAACGUUUUAACAGGAAAGGAUGUCACAUUGGGUGCCAAAGUGUCCCAGAAUCCCAACGUGAGCUACAUCACUUACAGCGGCAACAAGCAGGAUGGGCUGGUACUGUGUAAGGCCUCAGCAGGAAUGGGUGUUCCCGUGUCUGUCUCUCCGUGCGUUGGUGCUACAUGUCCCUUUAUCAUCUUUGAGUCAGCUGACAUCGAUAGCGCUCUGGAUGAAGUCCUACAGAUUGCCUUCAUGAAGAAGAAAGAGGUCCACUGGGUGCUGUGUGUGCAGGAGAGUGUGUCAGACAGCGUUGUAGCCCGGCUAAAGCUGCGAAUGGCAGGCAUGAAGUGUGUUGCUCUGAGCAGCGACGCAGACAGGGUCCUGGUGGAUGCUGCAGUACAGGAGGCUCAGCAGCAGGGGGCCAUGCUGGUCCAGCCCUGCAGUGCCAGACCUUCUGGUGCCCAGUACCCUCCCACGGUGCUCUGUGGGGCGGCCCCAUCCUCUCCAUAUGUGGUCACCCCCCCUCCUGGACCUUUGCUGCCUCUCCUGACUUUCAGGAGCAGUGCAGAAGCUGUGAUCUUAGGGAACCACAGUCCUCAUGGCCAUGCAGCAUCAAUCUGGACUGAAGACCUCACCUUGGCUCUGGAGACAGCGAAGAGUCUGUCUGUUGGCUCAGUGUGGGUGAAUUCCAGCUGCGUCUCAGAUCCCUGUCUACCUGUCUCCGGCCACAAGGACAGCGGGACCUGCACCGAUGGAGGACAGGAGGGUCUGUACCAGUUUCUCCGUCCCUCCUUUUCUUCCCCUCUUCCUCGCUCCUCCCCUGUUUCUUUGGACUACUCAAAGUUUGGAACAGAACCCGCCCAGGCUGUCAUUCCCGAUAGCCCAGACCAUACCAGUAUCCCUCAGUCCUACCCGCAGUUUGUUGGUGGUAAAGCAUGUAAAUCAGUGUCUGGCUGCAGUAUGCCUGUCCAAACACCAGGGGGCGAGAGUGUGUUAGCCUUUUGUCCUGAUGGAGGCCGGAAAGACGUCCGGAAUGCUGUGGAGGCUGCCAUCAAAGUUCAGCCUGGCUGGAUGAAGAAGAGUCCGUCAGCACGCGCUCAGUCACUCUACUCUCUGGCCAAAGGCUUAGAAUCCAAGAAGAAAGAUGUUUCUGCAUCAGUCAGCACCCAGCUGGGGGUUUCAGUGGAUGAAGCUGAUAAAGAGGUGGAGCUCAGCAUUGCCAGGCUCAACGUUUGGGCAGCUUACUGUGACAAAGUACAAGGUGGAUCCCUGCCCAUUCCACAGUCAGGUGCUGCUCUCUCCUUCCCUGAAGCCCUGGGGGUUGUUGGGAUCAUCUUACCCGACAAAGCUCCCCUCCUCUCCAUGGUAACGGUUCUUGGGGCAGCCAUUGCCACAGGCAACGCAGUUAUCCUGGUCCCCAGUCAGACGUUUCCGCUCCCUGCCUUGGCUUUCAUUCAGGUGCUUCAGUCCUCAGACCUGCCAGCAGGCCUGGUAAACAUCAUCACAGGAAAUCGAGACCAGCUCACAGUGGCUCUGGCUAAUCACAGCGUCAUCAAGGCUAUCUGGUACUGGGGCCGUGCUGAGGGUUGUCAGUACCUCCAGUACACCUGCACCAGCCCGCUGAAAACCCUGCGACUCUUCUGCCAAAAGGACGGGGAGGAGAGCGAUGCAGGGAUGGACUGGGCUCAGUCUCAUCCUUCUCUGCUGGAGGAUUUGUGGAGAAAUGCUGUCCAGUGGAAAAGUGUGUGGAUUCCCACUGCAUGAGACAUUUAGAGGACAACUUUAGUCAGCGUCGUCCUAAAGAGAUAACAGAAGUAUGUUAGAUUGUUAGUUAUGGCAGGAGGAGGGAAGAGAUGGGAUGUUUUGAUGGUUACUUAUUAACAGCAAUACUCGAGAUGAUCUAGGCACUUUUUACAGUCUGUCCAAAUAUGUCAAAUAUAUCAGGAUGAGGUUUUUUUUUUUUCACUGUGAUUAAAAAUGACCAGAGCCAGUAAUUCUCCAUGCCAAAGUUAAAAGUUCAAUGCAAACACAGAACAAUACCAACAUCAUAUCAUAAUUUGCAAAAGAAACACGAUGUAUUCUUUGUCAAAAGAAUUUCAUUUUCUCUGGGUUUAUCAGUGUUACAUACAUUCUGGAUCACUUCCAUUUUGGUUCUGGUUGUCUCUCAGAAUCUGUAGAAAAUACAGACAGUUGCAAAUCAGUAGGUUUUCUACGUCCAUUCUUGGUUAUGGUGUUAAUUGUUUUAGUUAAUUUACCUUCAUUUGGACCUAAAUGCAGUACUUUUAUGACUAGCCUUUUGUUGAAACAUCACCGUGUUAUUGAAUACAGUACCCUGCUAUAGUACUGAGGAUCUAUGUGAUAGAUCAGCACAAAGCAGUGCAUCAUUAUGAAGUAAAGGGGAAAAGAAACAAUCUAUUACACCUAAACAUCAGAUCAUUUGUUUGUCUUGUCUCUUACAUGGCUUGUAACAAACUGUAAAUGGGACUUCAUAUGGCUUUCCUCAUAACUCCAACUAGUUAGAGUUAACUCUCUGUUGUUAGGUGUCUUCCAAACCCACCGAUUUGUAUGAAGGCAAAAAAAAAGUUCAAUUUUAGUUUCACAAAUCUGAAAUCUACAGUGCUACCGAACGUAUAGGGUCACGGCACCAACCACUAACUGCUUAAAUGGCUGAGCUUAGUCUUCCCAGAAGGCCCUUUGGUAAGAACAGUGAUAUUUUUAUGGAACGGUGCCUGCACUUGUGACCAAUUAUAAACAGGCUGUUAAUGACUUAGCAAAACCAAAAAUGCUAACUCAGCUCAGUACUUUUUGCUGGUAUGUCUUUAUUACUGUACAGUAAAACUGUAACUUAGAGCCAUGGGUUUAUUAUGCAGUGAAAACAUUUCCCAGAAUAUCUGAAAACCUAUGCUAAAAUUGUGAAAUGAAAUAUAUUUUAAAUUUUUCUUACCACAGACUCUCCUCAUAAACCAUAAAUUAAAGGAGAAUUACACAAAGUAUGCAAUCUUUUUUGUAACUUGAUUUUUUUUUUACUGAAUAAUCUUAUUUUAAUCUUCAUGAUUACCAGAUCUCUUAGAUUUCUUGCCUUGAGUUUAGUAAAUCAGAGUUUAAAUUUAUUAUUAUUUUAUAUUCAUUAACCCAGAAAUUUGCAAACAUAUGAAAGCUAAUCUGCUAAAUUGUGUGCUGGUUAGCAUUAUGCAUUUGGACUUGAUGUUAGUAUUAGUAUACGUUGUAGUCGUUACAUACAGAAGUUUACGUGUUUUAACGUCCACACUAGGAAAAUAGAUUGUGUUAAAAUAGUGCUUAAAUCACUCCUCUGGCUUCCUGUUUGUCAAAGAAUAGAUUUUAAAAUAAUGUAAAGCACAAAAUGGUCUUAUGCCUUAAUUGAUUUCAGAGUUGCUUCUCAAGUACAAACUAUCUAGAUCCCUCAGGUCUUCAGAGACCUACUCACUCAGCGUUCCUAGGGCCAGAUAUCAACAGGGUGAGGCAGCAUUUAGUUUUUAUGCAUCUCAGAUCUGGAACAAACUCUGAAAACCAAAACUGUGCAUGGUCUUUUGGAUUCUUUAAAUCAAGACUGGAAACCUUUACGUUUACUAGCUUUCAUUCAAAGAUUCUGACUAAUGAACCGAUCACUGAUAAGUGAUUGAAGUGUGAGACUGAAGUUUAAAUUGGCAUUUUAUGAUUUGCUUAUUUGUAUGUGAUGCUUUUAGGUGUUUGAUAUACAUAUAAAAGCAAUGAAUAAAAAAAAAAUAGCAAGAAAUGGGUUUAGGUUUGAAUGUAUUGUGCAUUUUUUCUUAUUCAAAAAGGUCAACAUUAUACUUAAAGAUUUAAUUAAAUACUGUGAAUUCAGUCAUUUGAAUGUAUAUAUUUGUUGCAUGUUUUUUGUAGCCAUUAAUAUGCAGGUAUAAUUCUAACUGGCUAUUUACCCAGUUAGAAUUAUAAAAAAAAAAAAAAAAAAAGGCCUUUGAGCAUCGUCCAUAAAUAUUCUGAAGGGUUGGCAUCUGGACUUCAGGAAGGCAAUUACAGAAGCUUAUUGUUAGCCUGCUUCAUCCAUUCCAAAACCCGAUUGCAUUUGUGUUUGGAAUCAUUGUCCUGUUAAUUUUGAUUUAAAGUUAUGUUAAUUGA